AUGGCCCAGUUCCUGCUGGGGGGCGGCCUGAUGUUCACGUUUGUUCUGAAGGUGGCGGAUCAGAGUUCCAUUGGCCUGAUGAAGUCCCUCACUUCUUGCGCCCGGGAGCAGGGCCUUCAGCUCAACUUUCACUUCCCAGAUGCCGGGGAGGUGCCCGAGGCAGAGGGCGGCAACGAAGCCGUCAUCUCUGUAGUAUCUGCUUCGAUGAUAACUCCUGCGUUGAUGUUCGAUAUCGACAAGGUGUUGUGGGGCCACGGUUGCGUCGUGCUUGAGAUCGAGCACCGCAGUGACAACAUGAAGGAGCACAACAAUGAAUACAACAAAGUCCAAAUCCGUGUGCGGUGUCCAGCUGGCCUGAGGCUUGCCACACUGAUUAUGGGGCCUGCGAGCGGCGAGGUGGAAGGUCUGCAAAAGGUGGCUUGGGAGCAUGGUGGAGAAGUGACGGCUCGCUGGUGGGAUGCGAUGAACAGGCCAAACGGAAAGUCACUUGUGGUCUUCGGCCUUUCCAACGUCCUGUGUCCAGAUGACGUUCUGGAUCUUGUGCUGCAGGAGGCCGGAGUCGACCCUGCAUCGCCGAAGUCAGAGCCAUGUCAGCCAGGUGCGGUCGAGUCGGCGAAGCUAGCCCUGCUCAAAGGCAAGAGCACCCAACUGGUGCGCAAGGUGAUAGACCGUUUGCCCUUCACCCCCGGCGCCAAGGUGGUGUGCUCUGCCAUGAAGCGUCUGGGCUGCCGCCUUGCCAUCCUCACAAACACUGGCAUGCGAGAGAUCGCAGAACACGUCAAGAGUCAGCUUGGCUUCGACUACGUGAUUUGUCGCGACGUUGAAGUCGAGGAAGGCUGCUUCACUGGCAGGUACUUGGGCGAGCUUUCAGACGUGAAGUUCCGAAAAGCGGAUUUGCUGAAACUCAUGGCAGAGAGGGAAGGCGUUGAUUACCGCAACGUGAUUACAGUCGGAGAGCCUCUGAAGGGGCUGAAGGCUGCAAAUGCGCGGCUCAUGCUGGAAACGUUCGGACCCAACGUCUUCUUCAAUUCUACCAAGAUGCCGGACCUUACCAUAGUCCUCUACCUUCUGGGCUUCAGCGGCUCGGAUGUGAGGGCGCUGAGGAAACGACGCUGGGACGACGGCCCCGGGACACAGGAGCCUUCGGGCUCGGCCGUGCCCUCCACACCCGCCAAGCGCUUCAUGGUGCAGGUCAGUGCCCAGACCCGCAGCGCUGGCCAACUGCAGCGGAUUUUCCAUCCCCUGGCCCCUUUGCGUAAUGAUGUGCAGCUGUCAACAGUGCGACAGUGCAGCUUGCAGGAUGGUGGCAUGUGCCUUGGUUUGGACCUGACAGUCCUGAAGGACCACCCCGAUGCUGUUGUCAAGGAGCUUGUUUACACCUGCCAGAAGGAAGGCUUUGCCAUCAUGGAUGUCAAUGACUCUGCGAAAGACUUUAACUGGCAGCUGCGGUAUCAGAACCGAUAUGUUGUGACUCUCGUGCAGAAGCCCAACAUCAGCAGCACUUCGCUGAGCGAAGUGAUGAACGUUUUCGGCUCCAAGAGCAUCAACAUCAUCAAAAUAGAGAGGCUGAGCAGCCGCGACAUCGCAUCCCUGCAAUUUACAGUGAGCUUGCCUGACAGCCUCUCAUCAGAUGAAUUCUCCAAGCAUCUAGUCGACCUCUCCAAGCGCCAGGGCGCUGACAUUGCCAUUCAGCGGGAUGAUCUGGAGCGCUGGAUGCGACGCUUAGUCGUCUUUGACAUGGACAGCACCCUGAUCCAGCAAGAGGUGAUUGACGAGCUGGCCAAGCUUGCUGGGGUCGAGAGUCAAGUAAAGGAGAUCACCGAGGCAGCCAUGCGCGGCGAACUCGACUUUUUUGGAUCGCUGAAGUCCCGCGUAGCGCUGCUGAAAGGCCACAAUGCGGAAGAGCUCUUUGCAAAGGUGAAGGCAAACUUGAUCUUUACUCCGGGCGCCAAGAAGCUCUGCACAUGCCUGAAGCGUUUGGGCUUUAAGACGGCCGUGAUCUCUGGCGGCUUCUUGCCAGUGGCGCAGGAGGUUCAAAAGUAUUUGGGCCUGGAUUAUGCCUUUGCCAAUACAAUGGAGGUGGAUGAAACAACAGGCCUCCUGACAGGCAAGACGUCUGGGCCAGUGGUUACGCCACAGAGAAAGCGACAACUGCUCGCCACCAUCGCAAAUGUGGAAGGCUGCGAGAUCCAGCAGACCAUUGCUGUUGGUGAUGGUGCAAACGACAUUCCCAUGCUCCAUGCCGCUGGACUCGGCAUUGCCUUCUGUGCGAAACCAAAGGUACAGGAAGUUUCCCGCUUCAGAAUAAACCAGAUGGAUCUGAGCACUGUACUUUUCCUCAUCGGCAUAUCUGACCCUGCUCUGCACUUGAGAGUACCUGAGUCUGAUCGAGUUCCAGCAGCGUUUAAGACUGGAGUGUGUCUACUCUUGUAG